GACCCAGGAGGCACACGGAGCCAGAAGGAGUGAGCCCCAGACAGCAAGACCCCAGAGGAAGGGCGCUAGACCAGCAGACAGCUGCGUGGCCCCUCCGGCUGGGCUCCUGCUGGGAGGGAGUGCCUGUGCCAGGGCAGCGGCCCAGAGGCAGUUGCUCCAUGCAGAAUUGAAGUUGAUGCUGCAGCAGAAGCGGGAGCGCGAGCAGCAGCCGAAGGCACAGGAAACUUCCAGGGGUGCCAUGGAGGCCAGGAGCCGGAGUGCCGAGGAGCUGAGGCGGACGGAGCUGGUAGAGAUCAUUGUGGAGACGGAGGCGCAGACCGGAGUCAGCGGCAUCAACGUGGCGGGAGGCGGCAAAGAAGGCCUCUUCGUUCGAGAGCUGCGCGAGGACUCGCCGGCCGCACGGAGCCUCAGCCUGCAGGAAGGGGACCAGCUGCUGAGCGCCCGCGUGUUCUUUGAAAAUGUCAAGUAUGAGGAUGCGCUGCGCCUGCUCCAAUGCGCCGAGCCUUACAAGGUCUCCUUCUGCCUGAAGCGCACUGUGCCCACCGGGGACCUGGCGCUGCGGCCCGGCACCGUGGCCGGUUACGAGAUCAAGGGCCCGCGGGCCAAGGUGGCCAAGCUGAACAUCCAGAGUCUCUCCCCUGUGAAGAAGAAGAAGAUGAUGAUGAUGCCUGGGGUCCUUGGGUCCCCCACAGAUCUGGCCCCUGUUGACGUCGAGUUCUCCUUCCCCAAGUUCUCCCGCCUGCGCCGGGGUCUCAAAGCCGAGACCCUCGAGGGGCCCGUCCCUGCUGCCCCUACCCGCCGACGCCUCCAGCUGCCUCGGCUACGUGUGCGGGAAGUGGCCCAGGGAGCCCAGGCAGCUCGACUGGCUGCCGCAGCCCCUCCCCCCAGAAAGGUCAAGGUGGAGGCUGAGGAGGGGGCAGCAGGAGCCCGUUUUGCCGCCCCCCAGGUGGAGUUGGUUGUGCCCCAGUUGCCAGGUGCCGAUGCGAGUGUGCCACAAGCCCCAGCUCCCAAAGGGGUCCCCUCAGCAGAAGUGGCCAGCAGCUUUACCCUCCUUCCAGCCUUCGGCUUGGGAGCCCUGGCUGCACCUGCCGUAGAGGCCCCUCCUGCAGGGAUCCAGCUUCCCCAGGUAGAGCUGCCUGCCUUGCCCUCCCUGCCCACUCUGCCCACACUUCCUUGCCUAGAGGCCCGGGAAGGGGCCGCGGCAGUGACCGUGCCCAUCCUGGAUGUGGCAGCACCUGCUGUGGGUGUGGACCUGGCCUUGCCGGGUGCAGAGGUGGAGGCACGGGCAGAGGUGCCUGAGGUGGCUCUGAAGAUGCCCCGCCUCAGCUUCCCCCGCUUCGGGGCUCGAGCAAAGGACACUGUUGAGGCCAAGGCGGCCAAGGGCAGCCCAGAGGCCAAGGCCAAGGGGCCCAGACUUCGAAUGCCCACUUUUGGGCUUUCCCUCCUGGAGUCCCGGGCCGCUGCCAUAGCCACACCAGAAACCACUACAGAAAGUAAGCUAAAGCCGCCAACCAUCAAGAUGCCUGCCUUUGGCAUCGGGGUGUUGGGGCCUGAGGUCAAGGGGCCCAAGGGGGCAGAAGUGAAACUCCCCAAAGCUCCUGAUGUCAAGCUCCCCAAAAUGCCUGAGGUGACUGUGCCUGAGGUGCGGCUUCCGGAAGUACAGCUGCCCAAAGUCCCUGAGAUGAAGCUACCCAAGGUGCCUGAGGUGGCCGUGCCUGAUGUGCAACUCCCCGAGGUGCAACUGCCCAAAGUUUGCGAGAUGAAAUUUCCAGAAGUGAAAUUGCCCAAGGUGCCCGAGAUGGCCGUGCCCGACGUGCACCUUCCAGAGGUGCAGCUGCCAAAGGUUCCAGAAAUGAAGCUCCCCAAGGUGCCCGAGAUGGCCGUGCCCGACGUGCACCUGCCACAGGUAGAGUUGCCAAAAGUUCCAGAAAUGAAGCUCCCCAAGGUGCCCGAGAUGGCCGUGCCCGACAUGCACCUGCCACAGGUACAGCUGCCGAAGGUUACAGAAAUGAAACUUCCAGAAAUGAAGCUCCCCAAGGUGCCUGAGAUGGCUGUGCCAGACGUGCACCUCCCGGAGGUUCAGCUACCGAAAGUCUCUGAGAUGAAGCUUCCAGAAAUAAAGCUCCCCAAGGUCUCCGAGAUGGCUGUACCUGAUGUACGACUCCCAGAAGUGCAGCUGCCCAAAGUUUCAGAAAUGAAACUUCCAGAAAUGAAGCUUCCGGAAAUGAAGCUCCCCAAGGUGCCCGAGAUGGCUGUGCCAGACGUGCACCUCCCGGAGGUACAGCUACCGAAAGUCUCUGAGAUGAAGCUUCCAGAAAUGAAACUCCCCAAGGUGCCUGAGAUAGCCGUGCCCGAUGUGCGGCUCCCGGAGGUGCAACUGCCGAAGGUGUCAGAGAUUCGACUGCCAGAGCUCCAGGUGCCCAAGGUCCCUGAGGUGUGUCUCCCUGAGGUCCCAGAGCUGAAGCUGCCUCAGCCCCCAGAGGUACAGCUGACAGUUGCCAGGCCAGAGCAGGCUGAAGGGAUAGAGUUUGGCUUCAAGAUGCCCAAGAUGACCAUGCCUAAGCUAGGGAGGGCAGAGUCUCCAACUCUGCGAGGCAAGCUGGGUGAGGCAGGUGCCCAGGGUCCAGGGAAACUGCUGCCGCUGCCCUGUCUGCAGCCAGAGGAGGGGGGCGAGGCCCGUGCAGGGGCCCCCUCGCUCACUCUGCCCUCGGUGGAGCUGCGCCUGCCGGGGGCCCUCAGUUUGGAGACGUCUAUCCAAGCUGCCGGAGCCAAGCCGGCAGAGGGCGCCGCAGGAGCGGCCGGGGCCGGCGAGGUGGGCUUCCGGGUGCCCUCUGUUGAGCUGGUUGCUCCGCAGCUGCCUGUCACAGCAGCCCAGGUGGAAGAGCGGCAGCCAGGGACCCCAGAGAUGAAAGGCAGGUCCUCCUCCAGGUUCUCCUUGCCUAAGUUUGGACUCUCGGGGACCAAGGUGGCCAAGGCAGAGGUUGAGAGGGCCGGGCGAGCCAGCAAGCUGAAGGCGUCCAAGUUCGCCAUCUCGCUCUCCAAGGCCAAGGCGGGGACGGAGUCGGAGACCAAAGGAGACGGGGAGGCAAGCCUGCUGCCCGCCCUCGACCUGUCCAUCCCACAGCUUGGGCUGGAUGCCCGUCUGCCAGCGGGCAAGGCGGAGGGGGCAGGGCCUGACGGCAAGCUCAAAGGGCCUAGGUUUGCUCUGCCCAAAUUUGGGGUCAGAGGCCGGGACACAGAGGCAGGGGAGCUGGCACCAGGCGGGGCAGAGCUGGAGGUCAAGGGCUGGGGCUGGGAUGGGAAGGUGAAGAUGCCCAAGCUGAGGAUGCCAUCCUUUGGGCUGGCUCGAGGUCGGGAGGUUGAGGCUCAGGCUGCACGUGGCAGCCCCGGGGAGAAGCUGGAGACCAUCACAGGACAGCUGAAGAUCCCAGAGGUGGAGCUGCUUACGCUGGGGGCCCAGGAGGCAGGAGGGGCAGCUGCUGUCAGUGGGACACAGGUGCCUACCAUCAAACAAGCAGUCCCUGAAAGCCACCAGGGCGAGAUGAGAAUGCCCCCACUGAGCAUCUCACUGCCCCAGGUUGAGCUGACCGGUUUUGGGGAGGUGGGUACCCCGGGGCAACAGGCUGAGGGUAAAGUCCCUGUAGACCAGGACACCGCAGGCUACAAGAUCCAGGGGCCCCUGGCGCUGCCUAGGGCCCAGGCAACAGGAGGCGAGCUAUUGGUGGGCGAGGGCAUCUUCAAGAUGCCCGCUGUGUCCGUGCCCCAGCUUGAGCUGGACAUGGGGAUGGGUCAUGAGGCACAGGCUGGGGAGGUAGCCACGGGUGAGGGUGGCCUGAGGCUAAAAUCGCCCACCCUAGGGACCGGAAUUGAGGCUGGGGGACAGGGCUCUGAGGACCAGGCCCCAGGGGCUGAGCGCACCUUCCGCCUUUUACUGCCUGAUGUGGAACUCUCACCGCCAGCUGUGGGCAGCCACGCCGAGUAUCAAGUGACAGAGGGCGACGGGGAGACAGGCCACAAGCUCAAGGUGCGGCUGCCCAAGUUGGGCCUGACCAGAGCCAGGGAGGGGGCGGAGGAGGGCGAAAAAACCAAGAGUCCCAAACUCAGGCUGCCCCGUGUGGGGUUCAGCCAAAGCGAGCCGGCUGGAAAGGAGGGCUCACCCAGCCCGAAAGAGGAGGAAGAGGAGGAGGAGGGGCGCCAGGGCCGGGGGCGGGUCCGCUUGCCCCGAGUUGGCCUGGUGUCCCCUUCCAAGGCCUCUAGGGGGCAGGAAGGCGAAGUGGCCGCCAAGUCUCCUGUAGGGGAGAAGUCACCCAAGUUUCGAUUCCCCAGGGUGUCCCUAAGCCCUAAGGCCCGGAGCGGGAGUGGGGAGCAGGAAGAGGGUGGAUUCCGAGUCCGUCUGCCCAGUGUGGGGUUUUCCGAGGUGGGGGCUCCGGGCCCCACCCGACUGGAGGGGGCUCAGGCUGCCGCUGUCUGAAACCCUGGCACCCCAGCCUCCUGUGCUAUCACCUCCUAUCCCCAUCCCUAUUUGUGUGUGGUUAACUAGCACUAACUCCAAGAGGGUUGGGCAGGAAGCCCGUGCCCAUCUGCCUGGCAGGUGCCUGUGUGUUGAGCUGGGGCAUGUGAAUAAAAUAAUCA